UAGAAAAUCCUGGGUUAACAAAGCUCGCCGAUUUGCACAUAACCCGCCUCAUGACACCGGUUUUCCUUCCCCGGUUUCUCUCGCUCAGACACCAGUUGGUCAUUGGACGGGCGUCGUAACGAACCGUCGUAUCGGCGGAGCUCGGGUUUGCCUCGUUUCGCGACCGUAGGUUACGUUUUGAUUACUAAAUCUAGCAUUGAAACAUCUCGGAUAACUGUGCGCGCCGCCUGAAAGGGGAGACUAAUCGCACGCCGAAACCCGGAUCACAGUCAUGAACGCUGAGAGAGAUUAUCAGAUGAUUCGAAAACUGGAGAGGGCGCACUUCUUCAGCACCAGAGAGCAGGAGAUGAUUCUGAGGCUGUAUGAAGAGGAGCGGGAGAUUCUGACGGCCAAGUCCAACACGACCAGCGCCUCCAAACUCCGAGAGGAAGCCUGGCAGAGGAUCGCCGACAAAAUCAAUACGGUGUCAGACAGUGGUUACAAGAGGACAUGGCAACAAGUUAAAAUCAAGCACAAAAAUAUUGUCCAAACAGCGAAGAGAAGACGCGUGGAGGCGAUGAGGAGCCAGGGGGGGUCGGCAACGCCGUCGCUGCACUCGGCCGAGGAGGACGUGCUGCUCCACAAAGACAACAGGCUCCGAGUGGAGGUCCUCGCCGGAGGCUCCUGUAUAGACCCGCUGAUGGGAUCUGACAGUUCAUUCAUCAGCGUGUCCGGACAUCCCAUGCUCCUCCUGCCCGUGACUAAGACGGAACCAGAGAGCUUGAGCGGCGACGAGACGGAUAUGAGCGAUGCACAUUUUGAGGGGGAUUUAAACAGUAGCAGCUUUCAGGAAAUGUCCAACUCAGCAGCAGGUGGCAGAGGUGCAGAGACGCAGACGGAGGACAUCAGGGCCGUUUACUGCUGCUACCUCAGGAAAGAGAUGGAGAACCGUGACCAGCUGAUGGAGUACAGAGCUCUUAAAAUGAGGAAGUUGGAAAAAGAAAUCUUAAUACUCGAUAAGCAGCUCGAGUGACUAUGUAAAAAAGGUUAUUAUUAUAAUAAUAAUAAUAUAAUAUUUAAUAUCCAACUCCACACAGCUCAGAUCUGCAUUCAAACGUCCACAAAAUAUUCAUUUAGCCAGAAAGUGGACUCAAGGCACAGCGAGGUGAAUACAAUAACCAAGGGCUCAUACAUGGUGCUGCCAUAUUACUGUCGGUUUCCAUGGCGAUUCUGUUCUUACAACAUGUUUUAGUCACAGCGAGGCAGAGGCACUUAAAGGUCCGGUGUGUGUGAGAAAUAACGACACAUCGAAUGGCGGAUCCUCUGCUCACAAGUGCAUCAUUAAUACUACAGUGGCCUUCACAUACCGGGGAGGAUUCAGGGACCGUCCACACGGAAACGGGUUUAGGUGAAAUCUGUUAAUGUCUUUUUUUUGGGUGUAGCGUUACAGCGCCACUCACAGUCCUGGCAUAUGCACUACAGCGCUUUGAGUUGUUUUUGGGGUGGGGUUUCUGUGUGGGCGGGGUUUCUGUGUGGGCGGAGACAUUUCCUGAAACGACCGUUCACGCUUGGCUCCGUUUCCGUGUGGGCGUGGCCUUCGUUUGCGCUGUUAGCUGUAAAAACACGGCAGCACAAGACGGCGGCCUCUGUAAACGAAGGGCCUUGCCUGAAAGUACAUAUAAAAUAAAAUCUGCCAUUAAAUUAAUUUCUGCCAUUAAAUCCCUGCAUACGACACUAGCCCUUUAGCACACACACACACACACACACACACAGCAGACUAGUGCUUUUGUAUUAUUCCUCCAUUUAACGACAAGUUAGCCUAAAGGAAGUUGUUUAUAUGUAAAUCCUUUACAGUCAUUGACAGCGUCCAUUGUUUUGUUUUUCAUAAAGUCUCGUCUUUGGCAAAUGUAGCGCACGGGUACAACUGAACUUGUGAAGAUCCUGAACGUUUCUGUGGUAUAACGUAUAGAAUGUGCUUGUGUGAAGUCUAGAAUACACUACUUUGUCCUUAGCAUAUUACUACUGGCAUUACUGCUCUAAGGUAAGACACUAAACAUUUACACUACACAUGCUCCGCUCUUAAUUAUUAGUUUGUCUGUAAACAUGAUUCAAAAAGCACAAUAGUGACCAUCUCUUUAUUUACAUUUUACCAUCAACACUUUAUACUUUAAUCUCUUGGGUUUUUUUUUAAUGUAUGUAUGAAUGUAUAUAUAUUUAUGUAUUAGUGCAGUUGUAAGCUAUUCCAUUAUUGUUUGAAUUUCUCGUCGUUUGUAUGUAUUUAUUAUUAUUUUCGUUUGAACCACCGACAAAACUGAGUCGUUUGUGAGACAUUAAACGAGAUGAUGAUGAUGUGA